AUGGCAGCGUCGCUGAAGAACAGCAAGUUGGCCUUCAUUGGCGGGGGCAACAUGGCCUCUGCCAUCAUUGGAGGGCUGGCCAACCAGGGCAUCGACAAGCAAAACAUCAUUGUCUCCGAGCCUUGGGAUGUCAACAGAGAGAAGAUUGCGGCUACCGGUGUGCGGACAACUACCUCCAACGUCGAGGCUGGCCAGGAUGCGGAUCUCAUCAUCAUUGCCGUGAAGCCUCAGGUGACUAAGACCGUCUGCCAGGAGCUGGGCGCAUCUUGGGCUCACCGUGCUACCUUGCCUAUUGUUGUAAGCAUUGCUGCUGGAAUCACCCUUGACAGCUUGCGGGAAUGGACCAAGACGAGCGAGGGCAAGACGGCGCCAAUUGUUCGUGUCAUGCCGAACACACCCGCGCUUGUUGGAGAGGGCGCAUCGGGACUCUAUGCAAGCGAGGACGUCAAGCAGAAUGAGAAGCAGCUUGUCGAUGCUCUUCUGGGAAGUGUCAGCAAGGCUACUGAGUGGGUGGACAAGGAAGAGUUGCUCGAUGUCGUGACCGGAUUGUCUGGAUCCGGCCCUGCAUACUUCUUCGCCAUGGUUGAACACCUUAUUGCUAGCGCAACUGCUUUGGGUCUUCCGAAAGAGCAGGCCACUAGGCUGGCGAAGCAGACGUGUCUGGGAGCUGGCCAGAUGCUUGUCACAUCCUCAGACGAGCCAGCUCAGCUACGCAAGAACGUCACCAGCCCCAAUGGAACGACCUACGCUGCUCUACAAACAUUUGAAUCAUUGAAGUUCGACCAAAUCGUUGACAAGGCUGUCAAAGCUGCCACUUCCAGAGCUGCGGAAUUGGGUAAAUCAUAG